AUGUUUAUUAGGGAUUCCCUGCUCGCUUCACAGCAGCUAUGGUCAAGCUCUGAGGAGGCUGAGACUGAGGUUCCCCCGAUGAGACUGCGACCUCAGAGUUACGGAGGCGAGACACUGGAACGAGAGUCACUGGUAGAACCCUGGCUUUCUCGAUCGCUUGAUCAUGUUGUGGCUGCAGUUCAACGCGGCGCGCACGGCCAGGACGACAAACGGGUUGCAUUUGAGCAAGGUACUCCAUCGCCUUUGUCAUCUGUGCAAAAUUGUGGUCGCGUGGUCGACUCGCGCUCGGCGAACAUACUGGUUUUUCACAUCGCGAAGCUUGCUAGUGUCAAUAGUGACCCGCAAAGAGCAAAGUUUUACUCCUUCCUGCGUGCUGUGAUUUUAAAGCUGAGUAUCAAUGCUGCUUUGAAUGAAGGUCUAGGUGGUGCUCGAUUUGUCUUUGUGGACUCGUGGUUCGGAGACGGAGGGAAAUGCGGGGUCGAUUUCGGCGACUUUGUGAGCAAUGAAGAUGAGGGGCUUGAUCUCGAAGAGGUUGUAGAGCCCUGGCAUAAGUAUGCUAUAAAGGAAACACCGAAUGUUUUUUAUCCUAUUUAUCUCGGAGAAGUCCUGAAUGAGAGAUAUCUGGUCGAGCAUAAAGUCGGCUUUGGCGGCGGCUCUACUGUCUGGAUGGCCCAUGACCUUCAUGAUAAGAGGGAUGUGGCCCUUAAAGUCAUGUCUUUAGGGGACUGGGGGGAAAACGAAUACCGCAUGCAGAACGAAAUACUUCAGAACGUGCAGGAUACCUCUCACCUAGUGAUGUAUCUAGGAACUUUCCUCAUCCCUGGAAACGAACAUAGGGUCCUAGUGUUCCCUUUGAUGGGUCAAUGCAUUUCCCCUAUUGAGUUGAAAAAGAUCCCUAUGGCCAGUCGCAUGUCCGCUGCUCGGCAAUUGCUAGAAACCUUCGAACAUUUACACACAGCAGGAAUUGUACACCGUGAUCUAAAUGAGAGAAACUGUAUGUGGGGGAUGGCCCCUCUCCACAAUCUUAAUAGGAGUGCGAAAUAUGAGGCAGUCGGCCGGCCAUUAAAGCAAACCAUACCUUUUGUCGACCUUUGGAAGAAGGGGGAGCUUGUUCGAGCAGUUGAGGUUCCUGAGAACUUGCGCACGGAGGAAUUCUUUCUUGGAGACUUUGGUCUAGCGAAGAAGCUUAGCGAUAGCGAGACUCAACUAGGCUACCCCCCUUCACAAUUUUGCUCGCCAGAACGUCUUCAUGGAAAGGAUCCGAGUCUUGCCUGCGAUAUGUGGAGUUAUAUGGUUAUCUUUACCGUGCUCUAUCUUCGCUUUACGCCUUUCCCUAGCUGGGUCGAGGGUGGAAUAAUCAGCGGUUUUGUUGCACGCUUAGGUCCACUACCUGAAAAAUGGAAGGGCCUUUAUAUCCGCCCCGGUGAGAUUGAUUCCUGUUUCUUGUGCUACAAUGUUGUUUCUUCAACACUGAAACUGGAUCAACAUACCACGAUUACAAAAGUCGUUGGACUUGGUACUGGGAAUCUACACUACUUUGACUCUUUUAUUGAGGGCAAAGACCUUCAAGGCAGGCAAAUAACAAGGUAUACAACGAAAAGAAAAGAAGGUGGUGGUGGCAAGAGCUUCCACGGAUUCCGGACUCUUCUAGGACUGUUUCUGCGAACCGAGCCAGAGUACAGAGGACACGGAGAGUCUGUUCUCACGACUCACAAGAAAGUCGGUAAUUAG